GGACAAUACAACCAACAUCAGAUUUCUGGCACCUGUAUUGUACAAGAAUACAAGUGGGAAGUUAUGACGCAGCUCCCCUCUUUCGACGACCUUCCUCCUGUCGAGGGCAUGCCGCAAGGCUGCGCAUGGGGCAUUUUUGACAAGGACGGCAAGAAGGACCUUUGCGGAACGCUGAAUAUCCUCACGCCCGAGGUCGUUGCCGAAGCUUGUAAAGAAGCCAGAGAUGGCAUUUCGAUUUCCCUCAACUGGCCGCUCAAUGCCAACAAGAUUCCAAUGGGUCGCGGUGCUCCAGUCCACAAGCACGUAAAUUUUCAAGAAUCGGGUCUGUCGAAAGGCUCGGGGUGGGAUGAUCAGCUCACGUUCAAUACCCAGGUAAGCAGCCAGUGGGACAGCCUGGUCCAUUGGCAGCAUCAAGAGACAAAACUAUCCUACAAUGGCAUCAAAGCGACCCAAGAGGGCCUCGCUGCAACCACGACAGAUGAGAACAAAAUGCCGACGUUGGACCACUGGCACACUUCAGGCGGGCUGGUCGCACGCGGAAUCUUGAUAGACAUUAAGGCGUGGUACGAAGCCAAAGCAGCGAGAGACGGCAAGGCUGGCGACGAAGCAGUUUUCCAUCCCUUUGAGGAACACCGUAUAACAGUCUCCGACAUCGAAACCUGUGCCAAAGAUCAAAACGUCACCUUCCGCGCGGGCGAUGUCCUUAUCAUUCGGACUGGCAUGACCGAAAUCCUCUCCUCCCCACAACCCGCCGACCUUGCCAAAAUGCAGAACCCUCAGCUAGCAGGCGUCCACGGCUGCAUCGAAUCGGCCAAGUGGAUCUGGAACCAGCACUUUUCCGCUGUCGCUGGCGACUCUAUUGCAUUUGAGGCGCUAAUGCCUAUUAAGGAGGAUGGCAGUGUAGGAACACCGGAGGAUCUUGUUUUGCAUCCGUGGCUGCUGUCCAUGUUUGGGAUGAGUAUCGGCGAGUUAUGGGAUUUGAAGGCGCUUUCGGAACACUGUAAGAAGACCGGGAGGUAUACCUUCCUGCUGACGUCGGCGCCGUUGAAUAUCCCGGGGCUUGUGGGGUCGCCGCCAAAUGCGCUGGCGAUCUUCUGAAGGGACUUUUGCUUGAUAGAGCAUCUCCAGGGGUGACAUCGAGCUAUACAUCACCCACCGUAAGCCCAGCAUGGCAGUUUCUGCUCCAGCGCCAGGCCAAAAGCUUGAGCAAUUGUACUGCCCAAAGGUAUGCAAUAAACGGGUCGAUAGUACUCGGCCUAUUAUCCUG